AUGAAUUAUUUGGCUGAACUGAUCUCGUCGAAUAUACUAAAUGGAUUAAUUCGACAUGGCAGACCGUUGUUACUACCGUCAAAGCUAGCCGGAUGCUGUUUCCAUGGAAUUACUACUGCACCUGUAACGUCUUUUAUGAUAGAAUGGACAGAAAAGAAAGGUUGGUCUCGACCCUUAAUAUGUCCACUUCAUGACCUAGUGGUGCAUCCUGCUGCAAAGGUUCUCCAUUAUGCGGUUGAACUGUUCGAAGGUAUGAAAGCAUACAGAUGUGAUGAUAAUAAAAUUAUUCUAUUUCGUCCGGAAAAAAACAUGGAGCGCAUGUAUCGUAGUGCAGCUCGAGCUGCUCUACCGACAUUCGAUAAAAAUGAAUUGAAAAAACUUAUUUGUGAAUUGGUAAAUAUUGAUGCAGACUGGGUACCUACAUCACCUGGCUCACUCUACAUUCGUCCUACGAUUAUCGCUACGGAGCCAACUCUUGGAGUAUCAUAUUCACAGCAAGCUUUACUUUUCGUAUUAACUGGCCCAGUUGGACAAUACUUCCCGACAGGAUUCAAACCUAUUUCAUUGUAUGCUGAUCCGACUUAUUGUCGAUCAUUUCCUGGUGGUGUUGGACAGUACAAAAUGGGCUGUAAUUAUGCGCCAACGAUAUUAAUCAGUAAAAUAGCGGCUUCAAAAAACUGCCAACAGGUAUUGUGGUUAUAUGGUGAAGAGGAAUGGAUUACAGAAAUAGGAGCAAUGAAUAUCUUCAUGUACUGGAAGAAUGAACAAGGAGAUGACGAAUUAGUAACAGCACCACUGUGCGAUGGAAUAAUACUACCAGGCGUUACCAGGGAUACAAUUUUGCAUUUGGGAAGGCAGAUGAAUGAUAUUAAAGUUACUGAACGUUAUGUUCAAGUUGGAGAAAUACGACGAGCCAUCAAGGAAGGAAGGAUGUAUGAAAUGUUUGGCACCGGUACAGCAUGCGUCGUUUGUCCAGUGGAUCGAAUUUUAUAUGAAAAUCCGUCUACAGGAAAUUGUGAGGAAAUGGUAAUACCAACGAUGACCCACGAGCCCAACCUUAUGCAAAAAUUUCACCAAACAAUAAUUGACAUACAGUACGGGAAGAUCAAAAUGCCAGAAUGGACGAUGGAAGUUACCUCAUUUUCUCGGUCAACUACAUCCACUACUUUUUGA